AUGCGUCGCCUCUUCUUAUUCCUAUUACCCUUUUCAUGUUCAAUUAUUCAAUUUGGAGAUGGAAAUGAGGAUGCGAAACGGCUUUAUGAUGAUCUUAUGGUUAAUUAUAAUAGGCAUAGAAGACCCUCAACGUCUCCAAACAAGCCACUGACGAUCAAGCUGAAACUCCGCCUCAGUCAAAUCAUCGAUGUGCACGAAAUCGAUCAAAUCAUGACGUGUUCAGUUUGGCUGAAACAGACAUGGUUCGAUAGGAAACUGUCAUGGGAUCCGGUGAACUAUGGAGGUGUAAAUGUGCUCUAUGUACCGUAUGAAAUGAUUUGGGUGCCCGAUAUUGUGCUUUAUAAUAACGCUGACAGUAACUAUAACAUCACAAUUUCGACAAAAGCUACACUUCACUAUACUGGAGAAGUCACUUGGGAACCGCCUGCAAUUUUUAAGAGUAUGUGUCAAAUUGAUGUCAGAUGGUUCCCAUUUGAUGAGCAGCAGUGUCAUUUGAAAUUUGGCUCAUGGACAUUUUCUGAAAAUCUGCUUUCCGUGGAACUCAACGAACCAAGCUUGCGAUUCGAGGAAGAAAUCGAUGAUAAAGGAAUUGUGGAUAAUGUAACUGUGGCAGAUGAUGGAAUCGAUUUGUCUGACUAUUAUCCAUCUGUAGAAUGGGAUAUUAUGUCGAGAGUAGCAAAGAGAAGAGCUAAAAACUAUCCGAGCUGCUGUCCACAAAGUGCUUAUAUUGAUGUUACGUACUACCUCCAACUCCGCCGCAAACCCUUAUUCUACACCGUCAAUCUCGUCUUUCCAUGCGUCGGAAUCUCGUUCCUCACCAUUUUAGUAUUCUACCUUCCAUCGGAUUCUGGAGAAAAAGUCACUUUAUGUAUCUCGAUCCUUGUAGCAUUGACUAUCUUCUUCUUGCUUCUAACGGAAAUCAUCCCAGCCACUUCGAUCACACUACCACUCAUCGGAAAGUAUCUUCUGUUCACUAUGGUCAUGGUAACACUCUCUGUAGUGGUCACUGUAGUUUCAUUAAACCUCCAUUUCCGUACUCCAACUACUCAUUUAAUGCCAAAUUGGGUCAAGAAAGUGUUCCUAAAAUGGCUACCUAAAUUGCUCUUUAUGAGAAGACCCAUUGAUGAUUAUGAGGAGAAAAUCGAUGAUAAAAAGAAACCAAAAGAUGGAAAGAUCGCUUUAAAUGUUCAUGCUCAUCGAGUUUCGAAAGAUGUUGGACACAAAUUAAAAAAUGCGACUAUCGAUGACACGAUUCAGAAGAUGUACUACUCUCCACCAGUUGUCAAAGCAUUUGAGAAUAUUUGUUUUAUCGCUGAGCUUCUGAAAAAGAAGGAUAGAGACGACAAAAUCGAUGAGGACUGGAAAUACGUGGCGAUGGUUUUGGAUCGACUGUUUUUGCUGAUUUUCUCGAUCGCUUGUUUUGUGGGAACUGUUAUCAUUUUGUUGAGGGCUCCCACACUCUACGACACUCGAAGCCCAAUCGAUUUGCAGUACCGCCCGGCCAACUUGUCUGCAAAUCCAAUCAGUGUAUAA